CCGGUCCCUUUUGGAGCCAGCUGGCAUUGGCUCAGUCAGAGACAGGGGAAGCUUCUGGCAGCUUCUCACUGAAGCCAGCCCUGUAGUCCCCCGGCUACCAAAACCUUGCCACGCAGACCCAAUAGAGCGGCUGCCCCUUCGCUUCUGCGGAUGCAGUUCUUUGCUGUUCCUUCAUGGUCAAAACUCCCUCCUCGUGGCGUGUGGACUGGACAGAUGCCACGUCCCUGUGAGGCUGGGAGGACUUCAGGGAAACGAGGAGGCUGCAGCAUGCAGACAGGGUUGGCAGAGGAGCGUCCGGAGGAGAAACCCCAGCCCUGCUGGGGCAGAGGCUCUCCAAGCGCUUGCCCUCAACGUGCACCAUGUUCACAAAGAAGCAGCAGGACCCCGACUCGAGGGAGCAAGCAUGCAUGCUGUGUGGCCGGGCAGAGGCUGACCCGGACAUCUGUGGCUGCAAAAAGGCGAAGAAAGGGCUCUGUGCCCACACGUAUUGCCUGUUCCUUGCCAGCGGGCUUUCUCUGCAAGAGAGCAGGAACGGCUUUCUCACUGAGGACACCAGGCGCGCAAUCCAAGAGGCAGCCCAGAAGCGCUGCUUCGUGUGCGGGAAGAUGGGCGCCGCCAUCGCCUGCCGGGAGAAGGGCUGUGACCGCAGCUUCCACCUCCCCUGCGCCUCAGAGGGUGAAUGUGUCACCCAGUUCUUUGGGCUGUACAGGUCCUUCUGCUGGCAGCACCGCCCAGAGCAGGCAGUGCAGGCCACUCCGGAGCACAACAGCACCUGCAUCAUCUGCCUGGGCCUCGUGGAGGACAAGAAGUCCUACCACACCAUGGUGUGCCCCGCGUGCCAACGCGCCUGGUUCCACCGGAGCUGCAUUCAGAAGCAGGCAAUCCACGCUGGUGCCUGCUUCCGCUGCUUGCGUUGCCAAAACAAAGAUAAGUUUGUGAUGGAAAUGCUCAGCAUGGGGAUUCGGGUCUCCAAGAGCAGGCAACCGUCACAGGAGAGCGCCCCAGCCUUUAGGCUGGUCUAUCAGAGGCCCACCCGCUGCAAUGCCCGCAAGUGCCUUUGUCUGGGAGGCAGGGAGCAGGCAGAGGAAGAGGGGUCCUGGCAACUGCUACUGUGCAGCUCCUGUGCUGCCAAAGGCAGCCACCGCGGCCUGACCCUCCAUUUCCCUGAGGCAGAGUCUUUGACAUGA